UGCGUCGACAAAAAACCUAUUAGUGAUGGCGUGAUCAAGCGCGUGCCGAUCAAGGCCACUCUGGUCGUCAUGCCGGCGCUGCUCGUCCAGCAGUGGGUGACGGAGCUCGCGAAGCAUGCUCCGUCACUCAAGGUGCUGGUCUACGAGGGCCCAGCCGACACGCGAGGCGGAAAAGGCGCGGGCAUCUGUGCCAAGGACCUCGCGGAGCAGGACGUGGUAUUGAUGAACUUCGAGACGCUGCAGAAGGACCUCGGCGAGGAGAAGUUCGCGUCGCCCCUGUUACAAGUAGAGUGGUGGCGCAUGAUGACCGACGAAGCUCAGAUGUGCAAGACCGGCGGGCCCGAGAUGGCCGUCGAGCUCACGAAGAUCAAUAGAUGGGCCGUCACCGGGACGCCUCUCUCGUCGAGCUUCGACGACCUCGUGUCGCAACUUUAUUUCAUUGAGUUGGAGCCUUUUAUGACCGUCAAGCCGUGCUCUUGCGGCGUCCUUUAUUAUCUUCACGUUGUUCGCGUUGGCAUCGCGUGCCACGUCCACGUCGCGUCGAUGGCGCCACGUGUCACGCCAUCGACGCGAUGCCCCACGCAGCAAGGACGGGAUCUGGGAAGGGCUACUAGACGACGCCAUAAAUCAUCAUCGGCCGCCGGCCAUAGUUGCUCUCACCAACCUCGUGAGACUCGUCAUGUGGAGGAACUUGAAGAAACACGUAGAAGACGAGGUGACGCUGCCCGAGCUCACCGUGUCAAACCAGAAGGUCCUCUCCUCGCCCGCCGAGAGUGUGCUGUACGCGCACCGUUAUCAUCUGUGUGGACAUCAAAAAUUUAUGGCGCGUUCACGCCAUCGACACGACGCCUGCUUGAUAGGCGUGGUGCAUUCACUGGUUGAUUUCCACACAGGUUACCACGAGAUGCGCGGCGUCCUCGAGAAAGAGCUCCGGGCGCGCAAGGCCAGAGGUGAGUUCGCGGCUCGGGAGGAUGUAGAUGAAGCCGCGAAGCUGCGAGCCGGCCGCGGCCUGCGUCUGCCGAAGGCGAAGGGCUCCGGCAACGCCGAAUCACCGGAAGCCUGGACCUUAGCGUUAAGAGCGAUGACCGAUCACGCGGCUCUCUUCGGCGCGACCCCCACCUCCAAAUGCCCCAAGACGCUCGACACCGACGAGGCGGCGCUCGAAGCCCUGCCAUCCGCGCUCGCGGCCGUCGAGCAGACGCGCCUAGAUGUGGCCCAGGCCUUCCUCAGCGUCGCGUUCUGUGUGGAAAUCAACCAGUGCGUCGGGUGCACCCGACAAUUCUUCACUAAGUCACUUCUCGGCGAUGGCGCGGCCGUCCUGGAUCCGUCGAGCGGUGAGGAACGACCACCACCACGCCAUCGAGCAGGCGUCGCGUCGAUGGCGUGGAGGACGACGCGACGAUUCAGCACGAACGCCGUAAAUUUUGAUUUCCACACAGGUCGCGUUCGAAGCGAUGUCCCCGGAUAGACUGGAGGACUCCGACGACGAGGAGGACGACGGCUGGGGCCCGGGCUCUGAUGAUGAUGAGUCGACCAAGAAGAAGAAGAAGCCGGUACGCUACGGGCCGCCCGACGAGGAGGCCGCGGCCAAGGCGCUCCGCAAGGCCCUACGUCAUCUCGAGGAUAGCGACGACAACAACAUCGCGCUGUGGUACAGGUGGCUCGCGGGCCGCCAGCUCUCGGACCUCGAGGAGGACGAGGAGGACGGGCCCAUCUUCACCGAGGCGAAGGCCGCGCUGGCGCGGCUCGUCAAGAACGUCACGAAGCCCGCUUCGCGCGUGGCGAAAUGGCUAAAAGAGACGAAGGAGGAGCGGGCCCAGGAGAACGAGAAGCGACGCGCGGAGAAUCGCCGGCGCAUGGCCAUGGGCGAGGACCGCGACGAGAGCGACGGCCUGCUGAACGCCGACCCGUUGAAAGACAUUGAAAGCUACGUGAAGGGCGACGAAGCGAUCUUGCCGCACAAGCGCUUCAUCAAGCAAGCCCGCAAGACGCUGCAGCACUCCGCGAGGAUCGCCGAGCGCGAGGUCAUGGCCUUGCAGGCCGAGCGCUAUUUGGAGACUGUGAAGCGCAACGCCGCGCGCUACGGCGAGUCGCUGGCGGCGUCGGGCCUCACGGGCGACCGCGAGUCCGUCGGCGUGCCGUCGCGCGACGAGGAGGAGCCGCCCAAGAAGAAGUCCAAGAAAGGCAAAAAGCCGGCGGCGCGCAAGCCGGCGGCGCGUAAGAAGCGGGGCCGCGCGGCGGCCGCAGAAAAGGAAGAGGAGUUGCCCGCGGACACGCGCCCGGAGCGGUUCUGCGACAGCGCCGAGCCGCUGCCCGCGGCCGAGACGUCGACGAAGCUGAAGAAACUCGUGGAUGUUGUGAAGGGGCGAGACAGCAAGGUCGUCGUGUUCAGUCAGUUCCUUUCGGCGCUGGAGCUCGCGCAGCGCGCGCUCAAGACCUCUGGCUUAGCUUGCGUCGCUCCGGCGUUAUUACCCGUGGAAGUCCGGCCGGCGGCGGUCUCGGCCUUCGUGAACGAGCCGGCCGUCGGCGUGUGCUUGCUGACUCUGGACCAUGCUCAGUCGGCCGGCUUAACGCUGACGGUAGCUUCUACGGUCGUGCUCUUAGAUCCCGUUCUCGACACAUCCAUCGAGGACCAGGCCAUCGCGCGCGUCCAUCGCAUCGGCCAGUCGGUACCCGUGACGGCUAUAAGGCUCUGCCAAGGCGACACCAUCGACGAGACCAUCGUCGCGCUCCAAGCUGCUAGAAGAGGAGCCAAGCGCCAGAAGGGCGCCUUAUCGGCUACCGGACAAGUCCGCGUCGCCGAGCUGGUCAAGCUGUUCUCCGUCGAAGAGGAGCAGGUCUAGGCCACCACCCCGCGCCCCCCCAAGUCUAAGUGAACGUCUAUGUGCAUUCACUCCUAAAUAGGACUUAC